AGUACCUCUGUACCUUGUGCCAAAUUUUUAUCUACCACUUCUGCAAAUUAUUAAGUCAUGCCUUUCACUACUACGGUGGCCAGUUUUCCAAUGCCUCAGUCCAUGGUUUGGUCUCCAGCUCAACAAACUUCAUUAGUUGCACCUGUAACACCACAUGUGAUCUCUACUUCUCAGUGCUUCAGCCCACUCGCUAGCCGUAACAUAUUUUGUCAACCAACACCUUCAAAACCGCUAAUCACUGUAUUUGUUGGAAACAUUUCAGAAAAAGUUCCUCAGAUUAUGAUAAAACACAUUUUGGCAACUUGUGGACAUAUUGCUUCUUGGCAGAGUGUACAAGGAUUUGGUUUUUGUAAAUACUAUCAAUUUGAAGGUGCCUUACUUGCUAUUAAAGUUUUACAUGAUAUGGAAGUAGCCGGUAAAAAACUUGUGGUGAAAGUAGACAAAAAAAUGCAAAAAAUAUUUGACCAAUUUAAAGCAGAAAAAGAAGGUACUAGUGACCCUGAAAAAAAUCAAAAAUUGGAAGAACAUUGUAGACAGAAAAUAAACAGUAUAAUUACAGACUACAAUGAUGAAAUGAUCAGAGAAGGAAAACAAAAUGAAAACAAAGUUAGGAUAGUUGAUGGUGUGGGAUCUGGUAUGGAGCCAACUGGAGAUGAAAAAAAAAAAUUGAUUUUUCAAGAAACAUAUAAGUUUCAAGAAAACAUGAAAAAACAAGAAGAAAAUAAAAUUGAAAGAAUAAAGAACCAAGAAAAACUAAAACUAAAUGGAAGACAUACAACUUCAGAUAAUCCAGAUUCUGAAGAAAAUAGAAUGAUCCGCCGCAGAGAAGAACGAGACAAGUGUGACACAGAGAAGAAUGAAAGAACAGACAAAGAAAGAGAAAAAAGUAUUGAUGGUAAAGAAAAAAUAUCAGAAAAAAGCAAUGGCUACUUUGAUAAGAAUAAAUUAAAAGAAAAAGAAAUGGAAGAAGAAGAGCUGGAGCUAAAAAAAGAAGAUGAUAGACAGAGAGAGAAAGAAUUAUCAUAUCAAGAGAAACUUAAUGAAUGGUUAACCAGAGAAAAACAAAAGAAAGAAGAAUUAUCCAAAGAACGUGAAAAUAAAAAAAACCUAGAAGAAGAUAGAAAAACAAAUGUUAAAGAGCUUAAAGAGUUUUUGGAAGAUUACAAUGAUGACAUCGAUGACCAGAAGUAUUUUAAAGGAAAAAAUUUGCAAAAACGAAUCAAACUGCGUGAAAAAGAAAUAGAAGAAGAUGAAAGAGAUCGACAGAGAGAGAACGAUGAACUAGCAAUCAUUCAGGAAAAGAUAAAUAAUAACAUUAAAUUAGAAUUUGCUGAGGUAUUAAAAGCCAGAGAAGCAAAUAUGUUGAAGUCCAAAUUAUUAAUAGAUGUUACUGAAAAACAAAAAGAUAAAUUAAAACAGUAUGAAAUGAAAAUUGAAAAUCAGAAAAACAUGGAAGCUGAACAGAAAUGUCAGAGGCAUGUUAUGGAAAAAGUAAUAACACCCAGUCCGCAGCAGCCAGGUACAUCAUCUAGUGUUCAUUCUCAAACACCUCCACUCAUUUCUCAACAUACUCAACCUAUCACUUUGAUGAUAAAGAAAAAAAUGAAUAUCAAUGAUGUUUUUAACGACGAUGAUGAAGAAUCGCCUAGGCCUAAAAAAGGAAAAUUGAAUCGUCAUCUCGAAUAUUACAAAGAGAAAAAAGAAAAAGAAAGUAAAGCAAUCGAGGAAAAGAAAAAGAGUAUCCGUCAGUUAAUUGAACGCAUUCCCACUGAUAAAGAUGAGUUAUUCUCAUUACAUCUUGAUUGGACAGUAGUUGACCUCCAACAGAUAAAAAAAUGCAUUUGGCCGUGGAUAAAUAAAAAAAUCAUUGAAUAUAUCGGCGAACCAGAACCAACACUGGCAGAUUUUAUAUGUUCAAAAGUGGAAUCCGGUAGCAGUCCUCAAGCUAUAAUUGAUGAUGUUAAGAUGGUACUUGACAAUGAGGCUGAGUUGUUUGUUAUAAAAAUGUGGAGACUUAUAGUAUUUGAGGUUGAAAAAAAAAAAUUACCAAACGUUGAACUAAAAGAAAAUGGUCACGAAGACUCAUAGACAAUAAAUAAUGUGGAACUUUCUGUAAAUAUAAUAUGAUUCAAAUAUUGUGACAAUUGAAAAUCUAUUUAAAAUUUAAAUGUUUACCAUAACAUAUUAGGUACACACUAUAUUUUUUCAUUGCAUCAUUUUUCCAACAAUAUAUAAUUGAUUUAAAAUAAAACUAUCUAUGCAUUUAUGAGUAUAAACAAUUGUAGAAUAUUUUUAUUUUAUGUAUUUAAAAAUAUACACUGUGCAUUUAAAAUAUUAUAAUAACCUUUGAACUUUAUUCACCUAUGUGUACUAAGUAUGUAUGUAUUACCCCCCCGUAUUACCUA